GUUUCUGGUGAUUUAAUAUUUUGGUAUGGCAUUAUAUUGGUGAAGUUUUUACCAAACACACUAUUAGAUGAUCACUUUGGCAUUAAUGAGUAACUUUUUCAAACAUGAUUGUACAGGAUGGAAUGCAUGCAUUGCAUUAGUAUGUGGCAAUGUUGUCUGGAAAGGUGCGCCAACUACACCAUUGGUUACAAUAGCAAUGACAAAAAUUAUUGAUGGGGUGUUAGAGAAAAACAAUUUGCCUGGUGCAAGUUUCACUGCUUUUUGUGGGGGUGCUGAAAUUGGUCAAGCCAUAGCAAAAGAUACACGAAUCCCUCUAGUCUCAUUCACUGAUAGCUCAAAGGUGGGUCUUUCAGUACAACAAAUAGUAAAUCAGAGGUUUGGUAAAUGCCUACUUGAGUUAAGUGGUAAUAAUGCUAUAAUUGUAAUGGAUGAUUCCGAAAUUGAACUUGUGGUUCAUGCUGUUUUGUUUGCUACGGUUGGAACAGCUGGUCAGUUCUGUACAACAUGCCGUAGGCUGCUUCUUCAUGAAAGUAUAUAUCACAAAGUAGUUGAACGACUUCUUGAUGUAUACAAGCAAAUUAAGAUAGGGGAUCCUUUAGAGAAGGGUACCUUGCUUGGACCACUGCAUACACGUGCUUCAAGGGAGAACUUUGAGAAGGGAAUUCAGAAAAUUAUAUCGGAGGGAGGCAAGAUCCUUACAGGAGGUUCAGUUAUACCAUCUGAGGGGAACUUUGUGCAGCCAACAACAGUAGAAAUAUCUCCAAGUGCUAAUGUGGUGAAGGAAGAGUUGUUUGGCCCAGUUCUUUAUGUUAUGAAAUUUAAGGUAGCAACUUUUUAAUGCAAAUUUAUGGUUUUCAUUGAUUAGAAA